CGCCGCAGGAGGAGGUUAUGUUUGUGUUUGGGGUUGUCAAGUGAAGCGGGGAUCCCUGGCGCCGCCGCCGCCGUCGCCGCCGCCGCCGCCGCGCGGGGGUCGCGGAGAUUCCGGGCUCCGGCCGCCGCCAUCAGCAGCGCAGCUCCAGGGCCGGCUGCAGCGGCCGCCGCUCCGCCCGGCGUCCUGGCAGCAGCACAUGGAUUAAUUGAUGGACAUUACGUUUAUGGAGCUACCUUUUUGUGACCUACUCUUUCUACACUUUCUAAGAAGAAAAAAGGGCCCCUGAAGCAAAGAAGAUGCCUCGAACUAAGCAGAUUCAUCCCAGAAACCUAAGAGACAAAAUUGAAGAAGCACAAAAAGAACUUAAUGGGGCAGAAGUAUCAAAAAAAGAAAUCUUGGAGGCUGGUAUUAAAGGAACUUCUGAAUCACUUAAAGGUGUGAAACGAAAAAAGAUUGUAGCUGAGAAUCACCUGAAAAAAAUACCAAAAUCUCCCCUGAGAAAUCCUCUUCAGGCAAAACAUAAACAAAAUACAGAAGAGUCACCUCUCGCUGUUCUUCAGAGUACUUCAGAGUCUCACAAAAAACAGAAUCACAGUCCUGUAAAAAAUGGAAAGCAGUUUACUAAACAAAAUGGAGAAACACUUGGGAUGAUUGGCGAGGCUGCCAAGUCCGAAGACCCUGUCUCCCCAAAGAAGCCCUUGUUUCUGCAGCAUCCAUCUGAACUGCGUAGGUGGAGCUCGGAAGGCUCUGACCCCAAGUCAAAUUUCCCCCAUGGAAAAUGUGACUCUAGUUCUUUGUCAAGUAAAACCAGGACUGACCAUAGUGAAUGUAUCUCCUCUAAUUGUAGUCCUACUUCCUCCUCAUAUGCAAACACCGCAUUCGAUGUCUUACUGAAAGCAAUGGAGCCAGAACUGAGUACCUUGUCACAAAAGAGCUCAUCUUGUGCAGUUAAGAUAGAAAAACUAAGACCAAAUAAAACUGUACAAAUCCCCUCUCAAUUACAAAACAGCUCAAUAGAUGCCCCACAUCAGACUUCGCAAGAAUUUGUUUCUGAAUCAGUGUCUUCUUGUACCUCAUACACAGUGCAUGUGUCCGCUGCUCAGAAGAAUGGGCAAGCAUCGGUUCAGUCAGUUUCUCAUUCAUAUAAUCCACAUGAACACUUUGUUUCUAAAUCUAACCAACAAAAUCAACAGCUUCCAGCUUCUGCAGGUUUCACAAAGCAACUGACAAACCUACACAGUCAAGAGAACCCCAGGCUUGAACAGGUGUAUCAUAUAGCAGUGACAUCAUCUGUAGGUCUAACUUCACCUUCCAGUAGAACUCAGGUUACUCCUCAGAACCAGCACAUGGAUUCUGCUUUGCCCAUGUCAAUAAGUCCAGCCCACUCUACACAGUCACCCCCGACACCAGUGUAUAAUUCAACUCCUGUCGCCUCUGUUGUGAAUCACAGCGUAGAGCAAAUGUGCAAUCUACUUCUGAAAGAUCAGAAGCCAAAAAAGCAAGGAAAAUAUAUUUGCGAGUAUUGCAAUAGAGCUUGUGCAAAGCCGAGUGUGCUUCUAAAGCACAUCCGCUCCCACACUGGAGAGCGGCCUUAUCCCUGUGUGACCUGUGGAUUUUCAUUUAAGACUAAAAGUAAUCUAUACAAGCACAAAAAAUCCCAUGCACAUACUAUCAAACUGGGUCUUGUCUUGCAGCCAGAUGCUGGUGGUUUGUUCUCUUCACACGAGUCCCCCAAAGCACUUAGUAUCCAUUCAGAUGCAGAAGAUAGCGGGGACAGCGAUGACGAGAGCGCUGCUGAUGAAAGACAGAACGAGCCAGGCUCUGUGGACCUGCAGCCUGGGCAGUUAAUGAAAAUGAUAGCAAAUUCUGAAGUUUUACCAAAAUCAAGUUCCAUUCCAAGCAAUCUAGAUCAUGUGGUAGGUGACGUUUUACUGCACGACAAAGCCUCAGAAUCACCAACUGUGACAGAGUUACCAAAAGUCGUGGUCCACCCUGUCAAUGUGACCCCUUUGAGAGUUGACAGCCCAAAGUUUACGGAUUGUAAGCCUGAACUUUCUAGUGCACAGAAACAGAAGGACCUUCAGGUUACUAGUGUACGGUCACAUUCAUCCUGGACGUCCUCCGUGGAGACUGAUGAAAAGUCCCGUCAGAAAGGGGACAUGAGUCAGCCAGAGGCAAAGCAAGAAUCCCACGUAGGAACAGUACAUGCCCAACUACAAAGGCAGCAGGCUACCGAUUACACUCAAGAGCAACAAGGCAAACUUCUGAGUCCUCGAAGUUUAGGAAGUACAGAUUCUGGUUACUUUUCACGGUCUGAAAGUGCUGAUCAGACAGCGAGUCCACCAGCCCCCUUCACCAGAACAUUACCUUCUAUGGAACAAGACUCAAGUAAGAAUAAUGGGCUUUCUGCACCUCGUGCUAGUCCACCAGCACUUUCUACAGGACCAACAGGUGAAAAAGCAUUGAUUUUACCAGGUCAGAUGCGCCCACCUUUGGCAACAAAAACACUUGAAGAACGGAUAUCAAAGCUUAUCUCAGACAAUGAAGCCUUGGUAGAUGAUAAGCAGUUGGAUAGUGUGAAGCCACGGAGAACCUCUCUUUCACGACGAGGAAGUAUCGAUUCCCCCAAAUCAUACAUAUUUAAGGAUUCUUUCCAGUUUGAUUUAAAACCAAUGGGACGGAGAACAAGUUCAAGUUCUGAUAUACCAAAGUCCCCUUUCACCCCUACUGAGAAAUCAAAGCAAGUGUUUCUUCUGUCUGUACCUUCCCUUGACUGUUUACCUAUUACGAGAAGUAAUUCUGUGCCUACCACAGGUUUUUCAGCAGUACCUACAAACAUAAUACCUCCCCCUCAUCCACUGAGAGGAAGUCAGUCAUUUGAUGACAAAAUUGGCGCUCUCUGUGAUGAUGUCUUUGUAUCAGGACCUAGCACUUCUGUGCCCCAGAGUGGACAUCCCCGAACCCUUGUCAGACAGGCAGCAGUAGAAGACUCUUCAGCAAGUGAAAACCAGGUGCUGGGUACUGGGCAGUCCUUGGAGGAGAGCUAUCAGGGAUGCAGUGCCACAAACGAAACUGGGACAGCAAGGAAUAAGCCCCUGGCUCCCGGCUCACAUGUAGAGAAAAAGAAGUCUCAUCAAGGGCGAGGGACAAUGUUUGAGUGUGAAACUUGUAGAAACAGGUAUAGAAAACUGGAAAAUUUUGAAAAUCAUAAGAAAUUUUACUGUUCAGAAUUACACGGACCAAAAACGAAGGUAGCUGUGAGAGAACCUGAACACAGCCCUGUGCCCAGCAGUACACAACCCCAGAUUCUGCACUACAGAGUGGCUGGUUCCACGGGGGCCUGGGAACAGACGCCCCAGAUCAGGAAAAGGAGGAAAAUGAAAAGUGUUGGAGAUGAUGAUGAAGUUCAGCAAAAUGAAAGUGGAGUUUCUCCAAAAAGCUCUGAAGGCCUUCAGUUUCACAAUACUCUGGGCUCUGCUUCCAGUUUGCCUAAGCAUACUGUUGUCUUAACAAGUGAGCAGCAGCAUCGAAAUAUUCAGUUGCAAAGCCCCCAAAUACAGCUCAUUGGCAGGGGCCCUGACCAGAUCAUGGAUCCAAAGCUGUCUACCAUCAUGGAACAACAGGUAGGUUCAGCGACCCAGGACAAGGCAGAGUUGAAGAGACAUGGAGCUGGGAUCUCAGUCAUCCAGCACACCAACUCACUGAGCAGACCCAGUUCGCUUGACAAGCCUGAGUCUCCAGCUUCUUUCCAGGAACUCAGUAGAACAGUGAAGGUUGGGUCCCUGAAAGUGAUAGGAAUUUCCCAAGAGGAAGGUCACCCUUCUCAGAACACAUCUCAUCCUCAACAGCCUGCACUAUUAGAUGUUCUUCGAGCAGAAUUUCAGGAAGGUUCAAGAAAGAUUUCCAGUGAACGGCAUGUGUUAGGACAGCCCUCAAGACUUGUUCGGCAGCUCAGCAUCCAAGUCCCAGAAAUUCUGGUCACAGAAGAGCCAGAUCGGGACCUUGGAACCCAAGGUCCUGAUCAGGAAAAAUCAGAGAAGUUCAGUUGGCCUCAGCGUAGUGAAACGUUGUCAAAGCUGCCGACAGAGAAACUGCCACCCAAAAAGAAGAGGCUCCGUCUUGCUGAGAUAGAGCAUUCCUCGACCGAGUCCAGCUUUGACUCCACUCUUUCCAGGAGUCUGAGUAAGGAGAGUAGUUUAUCUCACACCUCAAGUUUCUCAGCUUCGUUAGAUGUAGAGGACGUUUCUAAAACCGAGGCCUCCCCCCAAUUCUCUUUCCUCAAUAAAACAGAGUUCCUCAUGAUCCCAGCUGGCUCUCAUACACUGAGCAUUCCUGGGGCUCACCGGGAAAUGAGGCGAGCUGCCUCAGAACAGAUUAGUUGCAUGCCCACAUCCAUGGAGGUCUCUGAUUUCAGAAGUAAGUCAUUCGACUGCGGAAGCAUAACUCCACCUCAGGCAACGCCACUUGUUGACGUGCAGCCUUCGGCGUCCCCUUCUGGCACGGGCGUGAGCGGACACGUGCCCCUCUUAGAAAGAAGGAGGGGCCCACUGAUACGGCAGAUAUCUUUAAACAUUGCUCCAGAAAGUCACCUGUCUCCUGGGAACCCGUCAUCUUUCCAAACUAUUGCUAUUCCUGGUGUGAAUGCAUUGCCACUUCAGGGGCCUCAGCUCACUAAUACAUCCUUAGCCGAGUUUCCCACAAAUACUAUGCACACCCAGACUCAAGUUAAGGAUCUGCAAACACAGUCUUCAAAUUCCAACUCUACUGGCAUCUUUCCUGUUCAACAGCUUUUUGGUCUUAAAUUAUUAAAUCAAAUCCAUGCACCCCUUAGCCACCAAAACACACAGAUGUCUCUGCAAGUGUCUGCACAGAGUGUCAAACCAGAUGCAAAUCCCAGUGUGUGCGUAUCUUCCAAAAGUGAGGAUUGCUUUGCUCCCAAGUACCAACUGCAGUGUCAGGCUUUCACUUCAAGCCUGUCUUGCUCUUCUGAUCUUGUCCAUUCUCUGCCAAAGCAAGUUCUUUCAAAUCCAGUUGGGGCUGAUCAUCGAAUGAAUUCGUUAGCAUUAGCAACUGAAGGAGUAGAUGCCAUAGCUGCUUCGUGUCUUCCGCCGCCGCUGAAGCCCGGGCCGCUUGGUGGUCAGGUGCAGGAGGUGCCGACAUCGUUUGCGCUGCCUGUGCAUCUGCAGAGUAGCGUUCCAGGGUACUGCUUUGCCACAGUCACACCUCUGCCACAAAUCCUUGUGACCCAGGAUCUGUCUAGUCAGCCCGUUUGCCAGGCUAAUUGUAGUGUGGUGCCAAUCGGUGAAGAACAAAAUUCCCAGCCAAAAUUGCAAAAAGUUAAUCAGAAUGCUUUGCCAAACCCAGAGGAAGAACUUGUUUGUGAAAAUGUUUUUUCAGAGAUGGGCCAAAAUUCUUUUCUAUCAGAAUCCUUGCCUGAAACUCAGAAAAUGUCUAUUGGUAGACUUUCCCCCCAACAAGAAUCUUCAGCUUCUAGUAAAAGGAUGCUUUCCCCAGCAAAUAGUCUGGACAUUGCUAUGGAAAAGCACCAAAAGCGAGCUAAAGAUGAAUAUGGAGCUGUUUGUGCAACAGAUGUUAGACCAUUCGAACUGUUGAGUUCGAGAGCUAAUGAAGUUAGUAAGCAGAAGAAACCUGUGUUAGUGAGGCAGGUUUGUACUACAGAGCCCCUUGAUGGUGUGACGUUGGAACAGGGUACUUCUUCUCAACCUGAAAUUAGUAGUGAGGCUAUUAAUUUGACAGAUGUUUUACCAGCAGAUAAUUUGUCAUCAGGGCACUCUAAGUCUGUAGUUAUAGAACCUAUAAAGGAGUUGCAAGAAUUUGAAAACAUCAAGUCAUCCACAUCAUUAACUCUUACAGCUAGAAAUUCACCCAUUUCUUCAGAAGAUACCCACAUUUCUCCUUUGGAAUGUGUAGACAAUAACCAAGAAAGGAAGUCUUCAGAGGUUAAAAGUCAAGGUGACAAAUUGAACAUCCAAGAACAAAAUCAACCUACAACCACCACUCUUGCAGGGUUGGAAGCCGGAGACACGCAGCAGCUGUCUUUUCCCAGCCUGAAGACCACAACCAGCUUUACAUGGUGUUACCUGCUGAGACAGAAAACAUUGCAUCUGCCUCAGACCGACCAGAAAACUUCAGCCUAUACUGACUGGACAGUGAGCGACAAUAAUCCAAAUCCACUUGGUUUGCCUACAAAAGUUGCUCUUUCCCUCCUUAAUUCAAAACAGAAGAUUGGAAAAUCACUGUAUUGUCAAGCAAUAACCACCCGUUCCAAAUCAGAUUUAUUGGUCUAUUCAAGCAAGUGGAAAAGCAACUUAAGCAAGAGAGCAUUAGGUAAUCAAAAGUCCACAGUAGUUGAAUUCAGCAAUAAAGAUGCCUCUGAAAUUAACAGUGAGCAAGAUAAAGAAAAUUCCUUAAUCAAAAGUGAACCAAGAAGAAUUAAAAUAUUUGAUGGAGGAUAUAAAUCAAAUGAAGAGUAUGUAUAUGUCCGAGGCAGGGGAAGAGGAAAGUACAUUUGUGAAGAAUGUGGAAUACGUUGUAAGAAACCUAGUAUGUUAAAGAAACAUAUACGAACCCACACAGAUGUCCGCCCCUACCACUGCACUUACUGUAACUUCUCCUUUAAGACGAAAGGAAAUCUGACAAAACACAUGAAGUCCAAGACACAUAGCAAGAAAUGUGUGGAUUUAGGCGUCUCAGUAGGUUUAAUAGAUGAACAAGAUACAGAAGAAUCAGACGAUAGACAAAGAUUCGGUUACGAGCGAUCUGGGUAUGAUCUUGAGGAGUCUGAUGGCCCAGAUGAGGAUGAUAAUGAAAAUGAAGAUGAUGAUGAAGACAGCCAGGCAGAAUCCGUUCUUUCGGCAGCUCCCUCCGUUACGGCCAGCCCACAGCAUCUUCCAUCUAGAAGUAGCCUUCAGGACUCUGUGGGUGCUGACGAGGACAUCAGGAUCACCGAUUGCUUUUCUGGAGUCCACAUGGACCCAAUGGAUAUUCUGCCCAGAGCAUUGCCCACUAAGAUGACCGUACUUAGCACAGUGCAGUCAGACCGCAGCAGGCAGGCAGAGUCCCCCCUGAAGACCAGGCAGCAUGCGAAUGAGGAGGAUGGGACACCUAUUCCUGUAGACUCUUCUCGGUCACCUGACGCUGCACCCAGGUCUCCAUGUCAUCAAAUGUCUGUGGACUACCCGGAAUCAGACGAAAUUCUGAGAAGUUCUGUGGCCAGAAAGGCUAUUGCUUUAACACAGAACACAUCCUCUGUGAGCCUUCCUCCUGCAGCUGAGCUCAGCCUCCAGAUGGCCAUGGGGAGUCCUCCAGGGGCCUCACCUCAUCCUGACACUCAAGAACAGAAGCAGCAAAUAACUCUCCGACCAACUUCAGGCCUGCCUUCUCCCCAGACUCAUUUGUUUAGCCACCUUCCUCUGCACUCUCAGCAGCAGUCAAGGACACCUUAUAAUAUGGUUCCAGUUGGGGGAAUCCAUGUGGUACCUGCCAGCCUCACGUAUUCUACCUUUGUACCUAUUCAAGCUGGGCCAAUGCAACUUACAAUUCCUGCUGUCAAUGUAAUUCACAGAACUGUGGGCACUCCUGGGGAUCCGAUCACAGAAGUUUCUGGCACUACAAAUCCCACCGGAGUGGCUGAAUUAAGCAGUGUCGUGCCAUGUAUUCCCAUUGGCCAAAUCCGUGUGCCAGGCCUUCAGAACCUCAGCACCCCGGGCUUGCAGUCACUUCCGUCACUGAGCAUGGAAACGGUCAACAUCUUAGGCCUCGCCAAUGCCAACAUGGCCCCGCAGGGGCACCCACCAGGGCUGGCUCUCAAUGCUGUCGGACUGCAGGUUUUGACCGCAAACCCUUCAUCCCAGGGCAGCAGCACCCCUCAGGCACCCAUCCCCGGCCUCCAGAUCUUGAACAUAGCAUUGCCUACUUUAAUUCCCUCUGUUAGUCAAGUAACCAUGGAUGCACAGGGAGCCCCCGAAACACCAGCUUCCCAAAACAGGGCACGUGAGGUGCACCCCAAGCCAACAUCUAUAGCCAGUGGGAACCAGGGCAGCGGGACCGCGUCUCCUCAGGGGUCACCUCAAGUCCAGCGGGAAAAUGCAAAAAAAGUGCUCGAUCCACCUGCCCCUGCAAGAGACCGUGCAAGGCUUGAUGGCGCUAGUAAAAUGGACACAGGGAAGGCUGCCUCGAUCAGUCAGGUGAAGCCCAUGCGUGAACUCCCUCCCAUUCAGGGCAAACCAGCAGCCACGGCAGAGCCUCUGCUGAAGGCACAUCCGGAAGGUUUCCCGGCACGGUCAGGCCAGCACACUCUCGCUCCCGACAGGCCGGUGCCCAGACCCGCGGCCCUGCCCCGCAGGCAGGCCACUGCCCAGUUCAGCGACGUGAGUAGUGACGACGACGAGGACCGGCUUGUGAUAGCAACCUAGUGGCUGCUUCUUUGGGGUUUUUGUUUUUUUUAUAUAACACUUAAAGGUUUUUUUGAAAGCCCUUCUUCCCCUAAAGCACAUUUUUCUGACAUAAACUCAUGACUAAUCUUUGUGCAAUCAUGAACUUUGACCAAUAAUUGUUGUUUUGUGUCAGCUCCAGCCAUUUUUGUACAUGUUGUAUAGACAAUUGUGCCUUUUAGGAGUUUUAUGUUUAGAAACUGUACAGAUUGUUGAAUAUCUAUAUAUAUAAAAAUAUAUUAUAUAUAUGAAAACCAGGUAGUUAUUUGUGUUUAGUAAGAAAAACCUGUCAAAUAAAUCAACUGAUUAAAUUAUAUGUUGCACUGUUAAGUAUAAAUUUUUAUGGCUGUGGGGCAGAGUGUCUGUGUAAAAUUAGUAUGUAAACUCCAUAUUUAUUGUAUUCAUAUUAGUCUUUGAAAUGGGUCUGUCCUUCUUAUGUAAGACAGUAACUUUACACUUCAAACAGAUUUUCUGUGUUAUGAAAUGUUUCAGUAAAAUAUUGUUUACUGACUUUA